AUCAAACCUCGACGGAGCGCCAAAAGGAACGGCCAGAGCGUAAAACGAAACAGACCGAGUGGACAGGACCGAAAGGGACGAGCAAAUAAAACAUUAAAAAAAGAGAGGAAAAUGUGCUGAGAAGUGUUUGCCGCUCCUCGCCCCGCGGCGUGAUGUUUUUAGCAGCUGGUCGGCUGGUUUGCAGACUUUAAACAACACGGCAGGCCAGUGAAGACACGCCGGCUAGCUGCUGUUAGCGGCGGGCUAGCUCCGUGCUCUCUGUGGAUGAGGACAACAACAUGGACUGCAGCACAACCAGCGUGCCCUCCAACUUCAUACACGACUCAUCAGGUCAGGACAGCUCCGAUGACGAUGUGCCGCUCUCCAAGAUGCUGAAGAAGCCGCAGAGCGAUGAUAAACUGUGUGGCGGCACGCGCGGCCCGACCCCCGGCUCCAACAGCACUGCUGGGAAAGACAAGAGUGGUUUGGACGACAGCUCAGACGACGUGCCGCUGGUGAAGAUGAAAACGAAACCGGCGAAGAAAGAAAACAAUUCAGGCAGUUCUAAUGAUCCUUCUGGUCGUGACAGCUCUGACAAUGAUGAUGAUGAUGAUGAUGAUGUGCCUCUGGUGAAAUUACUCAAAAAGCCAAAAGAUGAGAAGACCGAAAGUCCUGCACUCAGUGCGAAGCCUGCUGUGACAAAAGACGAUGACGACACACCGGGUGAAGAAACCUUGACGAAGAAGAGGAAUGCGUCUCCAGCAAAUGAGAGCAAAACUAAUAAAACCAGAAAAACGAGCAGCAAAGGCAGCCCCAGGAGUAAAAAGACCGAAGUAGUUUCCGAUUUGGAGAAAGAUGACAGCUCUGAUGACGAGCCUUUGAUAAAAAUGGCCUCCAAAGCUGCGAAGAAGGCCGUCUCCCCUCCCACAGGAAGAUCUGAUGGUACAGACAGGAAAGUGGAUGAUGGUGGCAGCUCUGACGAUGAGCCUUUGAGCAAACUUGCCAGGAAACUUAAGUCGCAAAAGACAAAGUCGUCUGGAGCGCCGUCCAGAAGAGAAACUCCGGUGAAGAAAAGCAAAAGGAAAGCUGCAAGCAAAAAAGUUCAAUAUGUAGAGUCCUCCGGUGUGAGCUCGGAUGAUGAGCCGCUGAUAAAAAAGAAGAGGAAGUGGACGAAGGGUCUUUCAGAAGAAACGGCUUCAACAAACAGCAGGACAACAAGACCAAAACCUAAAAACAGAUCCCUAAAAGAGCCAUCGUCCUCAGAUGACAGCUCGGACGAUGACGUGCCCUUGGCGAACCUGAUCAGCAAGCGAGGUAAACCUGAGAGGAAGAGCUCGGAGAAAACGAAGAAGAAGGCUGUGUCACGAACCAGCAAGGCAAGAAAGAAACGAGUGUCGUCUGAUGAAAGGAGCUCAGAUGACGAACCCCUGAUUAAUCUCGUGAAGAAGACGCCUACAACCCCUAAGAAGAGGACUACGACUCCCAAGAAGAAGAAGACUCCUGCCUCAACAAGCAGGACGGCAGCUUCUGCUAAAAAACAGCCAAGAAAGACAAAGGCCGCUAAAGGGUCCUCGGGUGACAGUUCAGACGACGAGCCCUUAAUCAAAGCAGCUAAAAUCCCACAAAUGGACAAAAUCCUGAGAGUGAUACUGGAGAGAUGCGAUGUCGAAGAAACCCAGCGAGCGGGAUGCCGAAACAAAACCAGUGCAGAUGAAAAACCCGCCGAUGAAGCGAUGAAGACGGCAGACUCGGAGGUCCCCGACGAAUCGCCAGAGGAGUCGAUAUCGGAAGAGGCGUGAAGUCUUGCAUCCUUUUCGUCACCUUUCACUGUCCAGGCUGGGAUUUUGUAAAUCCACUCCGAGAAAAUUUGGCCUUAAGCACUGGAAGAUUCUCCAAGUCAUGUCCAAAAAUCACACUUCCACUUCACUGAAAGUGUUUACGGAGUGUGUUUCUACAGACGUUUUUCAUUUUAGGUGUCAGUAUUUUUAUUAUUCUUACUUUGAAGACCAAAUUUUGGCAAUUUCCUAAAGAGUUGUAUGCACACAGUCAGUGAUGCAGUUUUAUUGUUUUACCAUUGUUUGUGUAAGUGGCUUAUGUUUUACUCUUUUUUUAAAUUAUCAUUAUAUUAUUGUUUUGCAAAAAAAGUCUAAUUUUGUGCACAUCUUAAGUUUAGAUUUUUUCUUCAAUUUGAAGAAAAAACUACGCUCAGCAUGCAGGUGUAAAAAGUUGAAUUGCUUUUAAAUUAAGAUGUUAACGUAAGAAUUUAGGUUGUGAAAUUUAUACGUGAUAAGUCUCCACUGAAAAGAUUCACUGCAGUUUCCUGGCCCGGGACAGACACUCUGAAUGCCUUCCUGCUCUGCACACAAUUCUGGCCGUCAUUCGGCAUCCUGGGUAUUUUCUAGUAGGAUCUUCUUUUUUAUCCGACCAAACUUGCAUGUGGAAUUCAUUCAUUCACUCAUUCAUGUAUUCAUUUUUUUAACCUGCUAAGUGAACAAGAUGAGUUGCUUUUCUUAAAGACAGUCAGUGAAAGGGCUGACUGUAUAAUUUCACACUGUUUGGUCCAUGUUAUAUAUGCAGCUUGUGUUGUUAUUACAGAGUUCACGCUAAUAUAUGUAAAACCAGACCACCACCACUGCUGCCACGUUCCUGUUUCUACAGCAGACAACUGUUUUCAGAGCUGACGCAGUGAUGCUGGAUGUUAUCUCUCAUCACAAAGUUUCCUGGCUACAGCGGAAAAUAAAACAAAAAAGUCAUGAAAAA